AGCAGCUAGGAGGAGACAUGAUCGCAAAGGUGGCAACUAUCCUGAGCCUAGCAGCUAUGGCUGCAGCCGGGGCCAUAGCGCCACAUGGAGGAUUUAGUACAACUCACAGGAAGCAAGAUGAUUUCGGACGCUACAGCUUCGGCUACAACGUGGUUAACGGCUUGGGAGCCAGGAACAGCCGCUACGAGACCGGCGCAGCGUAUGGGCCUGUAGUGGGCAGCUACAGCCUCGCAGACAUCGACGGCCGCGCCCGUCGCGUCGACUACGUGGCCGACAAACUGGGCUUCCGCGCCGUGGUGCGCACCAACGAGCCUGGCACCAAGACGAGCCUGGCCGCCGCAGCGCCUUAUGUGUCAGCCAAGGGACCCAUAGUUCCUUCGGCCGGAUUCGGAGGAGGCUACUUCCCGUUCGCUGGCGGCUACGGAGGCUACGGUGGCUUCUACGGCUGAUUCACUCGCCAUAGUCGCCCAGAGAAACUAUGUCUACGCUUGCGCUGAUUUUUCAAGCCGACCUAUCUUCGUACCUGCUGUGCAUCGUAAUUUUCCGUUAUCUUCCGUGACUCCCGUCGCACACCCGCUGCUGAGGCCCUUCUUCGUCCUUGCGUUGUGCGUUACCUCUGUCUAGUCUUAUUGCUGCUUCCUGUGUUGAUGCUUAGCUAUAACGCACUUGUUUAAUAGUGAACGUCUCAUUCAUUUUCUUUUGGGAAUGUAUAAGUGUGCCUAAACGUAAGUAUAUUAACAGAGCGUAACAUCUCUCGGCGCUACAAAACGUUUAAUAACGCUGCUCAUAAUUCUUGUGUUCUGACAUUCCUGUAAUAACAUUAUAUGUAAAUAAAUGUUCCUUGUGUAUGCGAA